AUGGGUGACUACUCGAAAGCACUUGAAUUUUACGAAAAAUCACUUAAAAUAAAAGAAAAUGCUCUGCCUUCGAAUCAUCCCUCAUUGGCUAAUUCCUACAACAACAUCGGUGCAGUGUAUAACUACAUGGGUGACUACUCGAAAGCACUUGAAUUUUACGAAAAAUCACAUAAAAUCUACGAAAAAGCUCUACCUCCGAAUCACCCUCAUUUGGCUACUUCCUACAACAACAUUGGUCAAGUGUAUAACAACAUGGGUGACUACUCGAAAGCACUUGAAUUUUACGAAAAAGCACUUUCUAUCUGGCAAAAAUCACUUCCACCUAGCCAUCCUCAUAUUCAAUCGGUGAGAAACGCGAUUGACAAUGUAAGAAAGAAAAUGUAA